AUGUCUUGGCGCCAAGCUUGCCAGCUGGGGUUACCAGGUAAACAGUCUGUAACCUUUCAUAGUAACAUUGUGGUUUUAGACUUCUUAAUCAAGUAA